AUGUUAAAUGACUAUCCAUCGCGCUGCGGCAUAUGCGAUCGAUAUUGCCCURACGAAAAGGCCAUCUAUUUAGCACUCAGAGAUAUYGAGUUGAUCCGCGACCUUGGCAAAAAAUGGACGAAGAAAAUUAAACCGUCUCCUGGUGCGCUUAGAAGAACCCUAGCGUCAAUCCAGCAUCGCUCCGAUGUCGAGGCACUCGUCGAUCAAUAUGGACUGGAUACAUUCCAGUCUGUAGUGACAAGACUGUUGAAGGACAAGUUAUUCACCUCCGACUUUGUCGCGGAGCAACGAUUUCCUGGUUUGAAUGCUGUUAUUGUUCACGCAGAAGCCAUGAGCACGGAACCUGCUGAAAUCACGUCAGAGAAAUCGGACUGGGAACUCUUAGUGGCAGCAGAAGCGCCAGCGAAGACGUCAGAAGACGAGCCCGAAGAGGUCACAGCCAAAUCCACAGAAGAGGAUCCCGAAGAGGCCACAGCCAAGUAUCCGGAAGAAGAGCCCGAAGAGGCUACAGCCAAACCCACAGAAGAAGAUCCCGAAGAAGCCACAGCCGGGGGCCCAGAAGAAGAGUGCGUAGAAGAUCAGCGAUGGCCCGAAGAAGAACCCUUUACUACAGAAGCAUACGAAGCUCUAGCAGAGAUAAAACCUCCAGAAGAAGAAGCACGCGGGGAUCGUGUACAAGGGGAGCGGAAAACGAAGUGGCUGCCCUACAGCAGCCAGCACGACUUGAUUGUCUAUCUGCAAAAGGUCCUUGAGACAGCAUGUUUUACUUAUGGACAGAAACAGCUGCCGACCCAGCUACACAAACGCGGCUGGGACUGUGUCGAGGCAGUAGCGCUUGAUACUUGGAUGAAUGAGUUUCCUGCUAUGACUCAGGCUCUUGACACAAUGCACAGGAGGGAGCUGCUACAGUCAGGAAUCGAUAUCCAAGACAUGGCCGUUAAACGUAAGCGUAUCGACUGGUCUAGGAUGAAGAAGCUCUUAGACGAUGCAUUAGAGCUUACCGAGAUCCUGAACGUCAAGGAGUAUAGCGAUAUGGUUCAAAAGGUUCGAAUAGACAUCGGGGAGGUGGUGGAGGGUUUGAGCUGCAAAGAACAGGAAGCAGAAGAUCAGCAGGAAGAGAAGCUGCAGCGGAUUGCAGAGGAACGAAGAAAGCUAGCUAAGUGGGAAGUGGAGGUUCGAACGUAUAAGAAAAACACGGUGAAGGAUAACGAGAAGUGGGCUGAGUCGAAAGUCGAGGGAGUGCUGGAGGAGACGAGGAAAACAUUAAAGACAGCAAGAUAUUCUCUUAAACUUGUAGAGUAG